CCUCACUUUUCUUAACUAGAGAGAAGGAGAGCGACGCCAUUUUGCGUUGGUGAACGUCGGCUCUAUAUCUCGCCAGUCAUACUUUUGGGGAGAUUUUUUAAGCAUACAAACACAAUUAUUUAAUUUUGCCACUUGUCCGACAGAAGUAUAUCCAGAAUGGCGGACGGUGCGUUAGAGUCUACCGUAUCUGGUGAAGGAGGUGAGGUGCGAAAGCUUUCAGAUAUGAGAGUUAUAGACCUGAAAAGUGAACUGAAAAAAAGAAAUCUCGACACCAACGGUAACAAGAGUGCAUUGCUGGAUCGACUACGAAAGGCUUUAGAGGAUGAGGGGGCAAAUCCGGAUGAGAUAGUCAUUACUCCGGACCCUGCUUCCAAAAAAACACCCAAGAGAACAAGCAAAGGUAGGAAAGUUGAGGAAGGUUCUGAAGAUAUUACUAUGGAGGAAGAUUCUGCAGACGGCCAGGAUGACAUUGAUGCAAGCAUUGACAACAUACAUGAUAUGGAUAUAAUGGAAAUGAGCGUACUGGAUGAAGCGGAGAUUGAUAACGGUAUUCCUGCAGAAUGUGAAGAAUAUGAUGCUGAUCGAACCUUGGACUCUGUAUCGGAAGGAGCUGAUGGGGCAUCUGAAAAGAUAAAAUUGCUAGAUUCACAAGCUGUGGUUGUGCCAAAGUCAGAUGAAAGCCUGGAGAAAGACAAUUCCAGUGCUGAUACUAAUGAAGACAAUCCAAAUGAAGGCUCUUCUGUGAACCCAGCCCAGUUAAAGAAGGGGUCAGCAGAUUCUUCUGGAGGUGCAGAAAAUGAAAAAGUAGCCGGGUCUUGUAAAUCUGAGCAACUUAACGAAGAACCACUGGAGCUACCGUCUGCUCAAGAUGCUACUACCUUGGAGGCAGAAGACGUUUCAUGCAAUGUUCAGGCAGACACUGUCGCGUGUGAAAGUGAAACUAAUGAUGCGGAAAAGAGUAACACUGAAUUUAAGGACACAGAACAAAAUAAUGAAAAAAUGGACACACAAACAAUUUCUGCGAAUAGCAAGAGCAACCAAGAUGAGAACGUUGUUAAACAAGAAGCGGGAAAAACUGAAGGGGAUACUGCAGAAUCAGAAGUGAUCAUAAAAGCAGACGAUGAAAUCAAGAAAGAAGCAGCGAAAACGGAAGACAGCCAGAAAACUGAGGACUUGGCCGCUACGAAAGAGCCCGUCUCUGAGGGCGCUGAUCAGAAGACGAGCCCUGGGAAUGAGGAAAAGCAUGGUAAGACUGCGACAAAAGAUGAUAAAGGCCAGACUAGUAGCUCUGGGAGGAAUUUGUGGGUUAGUGGACUGUCUUCAACCACAAGAGCAACUGACUUGAAGAAUCUCUUCAGCAAAUAUGGCAAGGUUAUUGGUGCUAAAGUUGUGACCAAUGCACGUAGUCCUGGUGCCCGCUGCUAUGGAUUUGUCACAAUGUCUUCAACUGAUGAAGCAACAAAAUGUAUUAGUCACCUUCAUAGAACAGAGCUGCAUGGGAGAAUGAUUUCGGUGGAAAGAGCAAAAAAUGAACCAGCAGGGAAAAAACCUUCAGAUUCUAAGAGAGACUCUAAAACUGGUGACAGACAUCAUUCAUCUGACUCAAAGUCUGAUGGUGCAAAGGAAGAAAAUGGUGAUAAAAAAGAGGAUGCUGCAGGAGAUAAAAAGGAAGGUAAUCGUGGUACUGAAAGAACUGUGGUAAUGGACAAAUCUAAAGGAGAACCAGUCAUAAGUGUCAAGACCAAAAGUAAAGACCGACAUAGCUCCAAAAGUCGUGAUCGCAAGUCCUCAAGCAAAGAUAAGAAGGACAUCCUGUCCUUUGAUCAGAUCAAAGAACAAAGAGAGAGAGAGAGGCAGCGGCAGCGGGAACGAGAGAUUCGGGAGGUGGAGAGGCGCAGACACUCUGGUGAUCGAGACAGAGAUAAUCAGAAGGAGCGGGAGCGUAUACGUCUCUUCCGUGAGAAAGAAGAGCGAGAACGACUGAUCAGACAGCGCAGAUGGUUGGAUAUAGAGAGGCAGCGCCUUGAUAGUGAAAGACGGGAACGUGAACGGCUAGAGAGAGAACGUGUUCGGAUAGAAUAUGAAAGACGGCGUGAGCAAGAACGUAUCCAACGGGAGAGAGAAGAGCUGAGAAGGCAGCAGGAGCAGCUGCGUUUUGAACAGGAGCGACGCCCAUUGAAGAGGCCUUAUGAUCUGGAUGGAAGGAGAGAAGACUGGCAUGAGAAAAGAUUGGCCCUUGAUGAUAGGUAUGGUCGAGGUCCUGAAUUUGGCCGCCCAGAGAGAUUCCAGGAUUUUGAUUACCGGGAUAGAGGCCGAUAUCAGGAGGACUUGCUUAUGAAUAGGAGAGAUGGGUCAAGAUCAAUUAUGGACAGGGAUGGACAGCACUUUUCUGAAGACCGCCCUGACCGUCACGGUCGUGAUUCUCGUGAUGGCUGGAACAGUGGAUUUGACAAGCGAGGGCUAAAUCAAAGAGAUGGCCGUGAUUGGACUGGGGAUCAUGGGAGAAAAAUGGAGGGAGAUCGUGGCUGGCAAGGAGACAGAGGCAUGCCUGGUCAUUCUGGACAGGGACCCAUGAAUCGAGGAGGAUUAGCUGGCCAUGGAGGCUAUAUGCAGGGCGGUGGUGGUUCUCAGAAUCUUUCUGGCCAGAUGAUGCAGGGUGGAGCAUUUGGAAGACGCUACUAAUUUUUUUUAUAUAUAUAUAUAUAUAUAAAUAAGAACCUGUAAUUUUUCCAAUAUGUGUGCACUUUUUUUUUUAUUGCUGUUGUCAGUUCGAGCCAUGUCAAUGGAAUUUUUUUUAUUAAAUGCUUCCUUUGUGAGGAGUGUUACGUAUGUAACUAAAUUAAACUUUUUGGUUUUUAAAUCUGUCA